ACAAGUAGAAACACGGUUGGGAAACGGUGAGGUUCUCGAGAUUUCGGUGUUAUCCAGUGCACGCUUUUUCCAGUUUACCUCAACAACGGAAACCAACAAAUUUGUCUCCCCCCACCGGCACACACACUCUCUUCAACUUCUUCCAUUUGGGUCUCUCUCUUUCUCUCUCUACAUUCACAAAAACCCAUCUUUUUCUCUCUCUCUUUUUUCUUGUAUUCAUAUGUAUGACGAAUUCUUAAGAAAGACAACGACUUAGCUAGUAAAAUAAAAAGAUAAGAUGAGGAUGUUAAUGGCCAUUGAUUCAUCUCUAUAUGGUUUCUUGGUUAUUGCAGCUUACCCCAAAGGGUAUUCUUCCAAAAUUACUUCAGAUUUAGUCCUUUUCUUGGGCCUUGGCUUCAUUGAUUGGUAAUUUUUCAUCUACCCCACCUCCACUAUAUUUACACUUAUAUUUAAAAUAAAAUAAAAAUUAUACUAAAGAUUUAAUUUUUAUAUGUCUUUCUAAAGCUUAUGCACUUUGUUGAUUCUGUCUCAUUCUUUUGUUGCAUAAUAAUUAGGGCUUUGUGAAUCUUGUUUUGUAUUUUCUCUUGACCUAGGCUUAUAGUAUAUGCUGAUAUUUGCAUAAUAAUUAGGGGUUUGAUGUUAUAGGGCUAGCAUCUUUGAUGUGUUUGUAAAGAUUAGUCUUUUGUCAAUUUUUUGUUCUUUGGUUUGUUAAUUUUCAUUAGCAAUUGUCCCCAUCUUAGACAGAAUUUUGUAAGAUAGGGAUAAAAAAGGGAAUUGUGAGAUAGUAGAAACUUCUUGUUACUGUAUUGUCAAUGGAGAAUCAUCAUCCUUCGACCCGCUUGUCCAUGGAUUCGAGUGCUUCUUCUUCACAUGAUGAAUUAGACUUCGAGAUGAAUCGCCAAGUAGUCAUAACUUGUCCACCUGAUAUUAACUUGCCUUUAUCAGCUGAGCGUAGCCCUCCUCCGCAGCCAUGGAACUCGGAACACUGUGAUAUUCUUGAUGUUGGGCUUGGGACCCAAGUAUAUGAGACUGAAAGUUCUCUUAGUGCACCUAAGGUUGGAAGGAAAUGUGCAAAACGCUUAGAUAGUAUUUGGGGUGCUUGGGUUUUCUUUAGCUUUUAUUUUAGACCUGUGUUAAAUGAGAAAUCCAAGGCAAAGAUGGUACGAGAUAGUAAUGGAUAUUCGGGGUUUGAUAAGUCUGAUCUCCAGCUUGAUGUAUUCAUGGUUCAGCAUGAUAUGGAGAAUUUGUAUAUGUGGGUUUUCAAGGAAAGGCCCGAGAAUGCACUGGGUAAGAUGCAGCUCCGGAGUUACAUGAAUGGGCAUUCUCGUCAAGGAGAGCGUCUGUUUCCCUUUAGUGUUGACAAGGGUUUCGUCCGAUCUCAUAGAAUGCAGAGGAAGCACUACAGGGGACUAUCAAAUCCUCAGUGUAUUCACGGGAUUGAGGUCGUUCCAUCUCCCAAUCUCGUGGUUCUUGACGAAGAGGAGCGGAAAAGAUGGAUGGAACUCACGGGUAGGGAACUCAACUUCACUAUCCCACACGAAGCAAGCGAUUACAGUUCAUGGAGAAACCUCCCCAACACUGAAUUCGAGCUCGAGAGACCACUCCCACCAAUUAAGAGUAAUUCGCAUUCCAACCCGAAGAAACUAGCUAAUGGAUCAGGGCUUAAUUUGUUAACUCAGCCGUCCAAUCACAGCAAUGGGGACGCGAUGGAUCUACUACCUGCCAAUGGCAAAAGGAAAAAGGAUUUCUUCCCUCACGGAAAUGAAGAUGAAUGUUAUCUGCAAGUAAAUCCUCCUUCCUAUCAAACUCCGGAUUUGGAAAUACACCCAACUGAACCACAUUGGUUACAUGAAUUUAGUGGGGUUAUGAGGGAUGCCUACGGGCCUGUUACAGCUGCUAAAAGCAUAUAUGAAGAUGAACAAGGUUACUUGAUCGUAAUCAGUUUGCCAUUUGUAGAUCUUCAAAGGGUGAAAGUUUCCUGGCGGAACACGCUCACACACGGGAUAAUAAAGGUAUCUUGUUUGAGCACAUCUAGGAUGCCAUUCAUCAACAGACAGAACAGAACUUUCAAGCUCGACGAUUCAUCCUCAGAACACUGCCCUCCAGGGGAGUUUGUCAGAGAAAUUCCUCUCUCAACAAGAAUUCCUGAAGAUGCUAAAAUAGAAGCAUAUUACGACGAAUCAGGAACAGUGCUCGAGAUGUUGGUGCCAAAACUCUGUGAAGGGCCUGAAGAACAUGAAGUACGUGUUUGCCUCCGUCCUCACCUUGGUGGAAAUGACCUCAUGUUGACCUAAAGAAAGAAGUAGAAACGCGAUCGUGAUCGUUAGGAAGGGUGCCUUAUUAUGCACCAACUUAGUUUCUUAUGAUGUGGUUUAUGAAACUGUAUGAUCCAUAUUCGUUUUCCACGCACUAAAUGCGGUUGCCUUGUUGAUAGGUUUUCCAGACUAGCUUUAGCUUCUGUUGCAACAGUAUGUUACUAUGAAAUUUGAUAUCCUUGUUUAGUUUAGUCAAUUGAUAUUUUGUCAUCUACUAAUUUCCAUAUCUCUCAUUGGAAUUGCUUGCAAUGCUAGUUAGCACUUCUGUUCUUCCA